AGACAUUGUAUUAAAUAUUAAAUUAAGGUUAAUUUAUUUUUUAAAUAACAAUAUCGAAGACAAAGAGUAUACAAUAUGGUCAAUAUAACGGAUUAUCAAAUCAGAUCUAUUGGAAAAGUAUUAAAUGAUGUAAACCGGCCAUUAAAAGAACGUUUUCGAGCAUUGUUUACGUUAAGAAACAUCGGUGGUGAUGUGUCUAUCGAAUGCAUCCAAUCAUGUUUUUCUGAUUCCUCAGUGUUAUUAAAACACGAAUUAGCUUACUGUCUGGGUCAAAUGCAAGAUAAGAAAGCCAAUUCAAUAUUGAUUAGCAUUUUAGAAGAUACAAAACAAGAACCCAUGGUUAGGCACGAAGCAGGAGAAGCUUUAGGCGCCAUUGGCAGUACUGAAAGUAUAGAAAUCCUGGAGAAACACAAAAAUGAUCCUGUGGUAGAAGUAGCAGAAACUUGUCAACUUGCUUUAGAUAGGAUCAAAUGGUUACAAACUCAAAAAGGGGGCCUUUCAGAAAACCCCUAUAAAUCUGUUGAUCCUGCUCCUCCAAGUACUGAGCUAAAUGUUGAAAUUUUACAGAAAAUUUUGUUAGAUAGAAAUGCAUCUCUUUUUGAAAGAUACAGGGCAAUGUUUUCUUUGAGAAAUAUGCAAACAAAAGAAUCAAUUGAUGCAUUAGGUAUUGCAUUAAAACAUGGCAGCGCUUUGUUUAAACAUGAAAUAGCCUUUGUUUUGGGACAAUUACAAGAUCAAAGAGCCACUGUAUACCUCAAAGAAUCUCUUGAAGAUGAACAAGAGAAUGAAAUGGUGAGACACGAAUGUGCAGAAGCUUUAGGUGCAAUUGCAACAGAUGAAUGUACAGAAAUUUUGAAUAAAUACAUGCAUGAUCCCAAAAGGGUGGUCAAAGAAAGUUGUGAGGUAGCAUUGGAUAUGUGUGAUUAUGAAAACAGUCCCGAAUUUCAAUAUGCAAAUACUUUAAAUGAUACUAAUUAAUGGGAAGUAUUUUUAUAAAUUACAAUAAUUUGUGAUAAAUCUUUUAACUAAUUAA